UCUUCUAAUGAACCUAAGAUUUUAAUUCUACCAUAUAAACUCUCCCAAGAUUUCAAUAAACAUCCCAAAUCAACUCAAGAAUUCCAGAUCGGCAAUCAAAAUCAUGUCUUUGAAGUCAGCCCUCAUCUUCCCAAGAUUUCUGUCAAAUUGUUGCUUGCAUUAUCACCAAAUUCGAUGCUUUUCGGCUUAUCCUAGAUUUGAUUUUGGCCGUAUUGUUGAGCCUGAUGAUGCCAUUGAUGAGUUCCGAAAUAUGUUGAGAAUGCAUCCGCUCCCUUCUGUUAUUGAUUUCACCAAGUUGUUGAGUGUUGUGGUUAAGAUGCAACAGUACACACUUGCCCUUCACAUGUUCGACAAAAUGCUUCAAAGGAAUGCUCCUGUAAAUCACUACACCCUGAGUAUUGCGAUCGAUUGCUUCUGCCGACUGGAAAGACCUGAUUUUGGGUUUGCGAUUUUAGGCAGUUUCUUCAAGCGUGGCUUCAAGCCUAAUGUGGUCACUUUUACCACUCUCAUCAAAGGGCUUUUAUUGGUCAGAAGGAUCCCAGAGGCAGCAAAACUGUGUUGGAGGUUGUCUGCGGAGCAACUGUGCAAUCCCAAUGAACGUACGUAUAGUGUUAUGCUUAAUGGGUUAUGCAAAGCCGGAGGUAGAGGUACCCUUGAGGCGCUUGAAUUGCUUAGUCAAUUGGAAAAAGGAAACUACAAACUUGAUGUUUAUGCUUACAACAUAGUUAUUGAUGGCUUGUGCAAAGAUAGAAAGGUCGACGAUGCUCUCCAACUCUUCUCUAGCUUGGGUGAGAAGGGGAUUUCACCCAAUGUUGUGACAUAUAAUUCAAUAAUUGAGGGGUUAUGCAAUCAUAGUAGAGGAAAAGAGGCUGAAGACAUGUUAAGGAAGAUGAUAUCGGAUGAAGUCUUCCCAAAUGUGGUUACUUGUAAUAUUUUUGAAGAUGCUCUUUGCCGAGAGGGAAGGAUGGAAGAGGCCGAGCAUAUGCUGGUCAAGAUGAGGCAAAUUGAUGUUCAACCCACCAUUGUUACAUACACUGCGUUGAUGAAUGGAUAUUGUUUACAGGGAGAAAUGGAUAAGGCUAGAAACAUCUUCCAACUAGCGGUGAAAUCAGGCAUCAAGCCCGAUGUUACAAUCUACAAUAGUUUAAUGAACGGGUACUGUAAAAUGGGACGAAUUGAUGAAGUUUGUCAUCUUUUUACCAUGAUUCGGGCCAAAGGGUUGAAGCGCAAUGUGGUUUCUUAUAGCAUAAUGCUGGAGACUUUAUUUCAUAUUGGUCGAUGUGAAGAGGGCUUGAAGCUGUUCAAAGAGAUGGAAGCUCUACAAGUUUAUCCUACUACAACAACUUAUGGAAUCUUGUUACAUGGUUUGUGCAAUGCUCAUCGUAUUGAUGAAGCAUUAUCCAUGUUGCAUACCAUGGAAAACAAAGGUUGCUUGCCUGAUGUUGUGAUAUAUACAAUUCUUAUUUCUGCCCUUUGCGAAGAAGGGCGGAUAGGAGAGGCUAAGGAUUUGAUGGUGCAAAUGGUGAACAAGGGGUGCUUGCCAGAUAGUGUGACUUACAAUAUUUAUGUUCAAGCUCUUCUCAAAAGGAACAAGAUGGACGAUGUGAUUCUUGUCUUGAAAGAGAUGACUGCAAGAGGGGGAUGCACACUUGGCGCUACCACUUUUGAGAUGCUGAUUGAACCUCUACGAAGGGAAGGCAAAGAUAGUGUUUUAUUUGAUUUGGUUAAGAAACUAUUACCAAAGAAGUUAUAGGCUAAUUUAGUUGACGAUGUGUUGUGAUAAAUGAGUUUAGGUAAUGAGUUUAAAUGCUUCAAUUGUAUUUUGAUGGUUGGAUUGUGGAUAUGGAUCAA